AUGUCUACUGAUCAACGAUACUUUACAGUGAAAACCGCUAUACAAUAUGUGAUGAUCCACCUUGUCGUCAUCUGUUGUCAUGUAAUAUCACUGUCUGAGACUACAAGUCAGAAUGUAGCCACCCGUUUGAGUACUACGGAUCCAUGUGAUGAUUUUGAUCGUUACGCUUGCACAGAAUGGGUGAGAAACAAUCCAGUAUCGAAUAAGGAACAGGAGAUUAACACUUUUAAGAAGGCCGGAAUUACCACUGACCAUUACUUCUAUAAUAUCAUUGCUAACAAGUCAUAUGCCUUGGAUGAUCCACACCUUUUUACUGCUCGCGAAUUUUACGAAGCUUGUUUAAAAGGUCCUCAUGAUUCCGCUAAUCAUGUUGCAAAUCAAUUUCGUCAGUUAAUUUCCAUGCUAUUUGGUGAAUGGGAUUUAUUGACAUCUCCUUCAACAAAUAUGACAAAUGCUGAUGGUGCUAGAAAUAUUCUAAAUUUGAGUUUGACUGAUUUAUACCUACCACUGUUAAGCACAACAGGGCAUUCACCCUUGUUUUCAUUGGAUAUCGACGAAGAGGAUCGAACAAUUCGAAUCUAUCCAGGUCAGCUAACUUCAGAUCAAAAUCUCUUGGAGAAGGAUGGAGUGCUAGACCUGAAGAUCAUGUUUUAUAAGUCAGUUAUUUCACUAAAUCUGAAUAUGUCACAGAACACAAAGCUUGCACGUACUUUUCAGUUAUUUGACCGCCUAGUUAAUGCUUUCUUGGAUCCACAAACAUCCUCAACUUAUAAAAAAAGCCAAACGGUUAGCAUGGAUGAACUAAAGGCCAUUUGUCCACCGAUCGAUUGGGAUUAUUUGUUUGACAAAUUGUUCAAUCAAACUGGAUUUAGAAGCUACCAUAAAUUACCAGUAAAGGUUGAAGAAAAACAUGCAUUACAAUAUUAUUGUGCAUUCCAUGAAAUUCAAUUGGAAACAGAUGAAGACAAAAGGUCGCUACGUGAUUCACCAACUUAUUUACCUGAGGCCUACUAUUUGAAAAAUUUAAACCGCAUAUAUAUUUUUGCCGGAUUGAUGCAACCACCAUUUUAUGAAAAGGAUGAAGAUUUAUUCACCAGAUACAAUGGAUUGGGUUGGAUUAUCGCCCAUGAACUUUUACAUGCUAUAGAUCUUAUAGGUGUUCUCGAGGAUAUCAAUGGGAAUCAACGAUCAGGUAAAGAUUCUUAUGCAGGAUUGAUUGCAAAUAUGAGGCAAACAGAUUGUCUACGAUCUCAUUACAAAAACCAUUCUGAUUCGUUUGAAAAGAGCGAUAGAAUUGGGACGCGGAAUGAAAUUUUGGCUGACAAUGGAGGAUUGAAAAUAAUGUACAAUACACACCGGAAAUUGCAAAAUAGACAACGUGUUCAAAAUUCAAGCGAAAUCUUAGCUUCCGAUAGAUUAUUUUUCCUGAGAUUUGCACAGGCAAGUUGGUCAAUAUGUUCCCUUAUUUGUGUACAACAUUCAAGGCUGAUAGGUGCUUUGUCAAAUAGUGAAGAAUUUGCUAAAGCAUAUCACUGUCCAAUUGGUUCACCAAUGAAUCCUUUGAAGAAAUGUAAAUUGUGGUAA